AUGGAACAUGAGUGUCGUUUGAAGAAGAAACAGAAAUCUAGACGGCGUAUGCGGAUCUCGAAAGAAUGUAUGAAUCGCCUCGUGAUGGAUUAUCUAGUAGGAAAAGGAUAUCGUGAAGUAGCUGAAGCUUUUUGGCGUGAUUCGGGCACAAAACCACAUAUGGAUCUACAAUUAGUACAAGAACGUAUGAAUGUUCAGCAGCUUUUACUUAAGGGACAGAUCCAGAAAGCACGGAGUAAAUUGAUAACCAUGGACCCAGACUUUCUCAAACAGAAUACCGAGAUGGACUUCUUAUUGGCGAAACAAGAGCUCAUCGAGUUGAUUAAGGCUCAAAAUAUUGAAAAAGCACUGCAGUUUGCAAUCAAAAACCUGGCGCCCUUUGGUCAAAAAAGUCCCCAGUUUCUCCGCGAAAUUGAGAAAACGAUGUCCAUCAUUGCGUUCAAAAAUCCGUCCGAGUCGCCACUUGGAUAUGUGCUAGAGCAGGCCCAACGCCGAAGCGUAGCGAGUGAAGUCAAUUCUGCGAUCCUGCGGAGCCGCACGCAAGAAUUGGAGCCCAUGCUACCGUCAAUGGUCCAACAAUUUCAUUACAUGGAAAACCAGCUGGAAGCUAAGCUCAACCGCCGCUCGCAAGGCAUUCGAGUUGACGAUUCAACACGUUAG